AUGUCUGAAGUUAAGCAGAGGAAAAAAGGUAUUUCUUCAUCUGAGACCAAUGCAAGUUCACAGAAGGUUGAGAAGCACAGUAAUUGUAGGAAGCUGGCAAGUGCCAGGACCAGCAGUAACUGGAGUUCCUUUUCAAUGGACUUGCGGACAAGCUUGAUCAUAAUUUCCCUUGCUGCUUGCCUGGUGCUGACCUGGUUCCUAUUUCAGCAGUCAAAUCAAUUUGCUGAUAUGGAAAAAAAGUACAAUUUCUUACAGCAAGAAGCUGAAAAAUUCCUGGAUGUGAAAAAUAAAGUUAACUUAAUUUCUGAAAAGCUUGAGUCUUCUGAAAGUAUCCUACAAGAAGCUGCCUCAUCCAUCUCUGUGAUGACUGAGUUUGAGCAGGACAUAUCUUCUCUUCGUAACAUCAUAAAUGAUACUCAGAACAAUGAACAGACUCUCUCUCUAAAGAUGGAGACCAUUAAUGAGAAGUUCCAAAAUAUUACAAAUUCCUGGAGGAGAAGUUUGGAUGAAAUGAACACAAACAGUAGUGGUUUAAAAUCUGAAGCAAAGUUCAUACAUACAGAAGUUACUUCCCAGAUUAAUGAAGUUGACCAAAGAAUUAAAUCCCUUUCAGAAAGAGUAAGAGAUUUGGAAGACAGUACAGCCAGAAAUAUUAAAACACUAAAAAGGCAAGAAGAUGAUGAAUUCUCUAGAGUUGAACAAAAGUUGGACUUACAUGCAAAGGCAGUUGAAAAACUAGAAGAACAACAGAAUAGUCUGGUAGCCAAGGACACAGACCUGAAUCAGAAACUUGCAAGCUAUGAACCUAAAAUUGAAGAGUGCAAAACCCAUUUGCCAACAAUUGAAAAUGCUAUUCACUCUAUUCUUAGAUUAUCAAGUGAAUUGCUAAGUAUGGAGAAAAAGAUAGAGGACUUGACAACACAGCUAUAUACUUUGGAAAACGAUAUGCUGAAAACUGUUUCUGAUACAAUGGCAAUGCAAAAGGUUCUUGAAGGCAUACAGUACGACAACAUACUGAAAGUGCAAAAUGAAGUAGUGGUUUUAGAAGUAGUGCAUGACAUAAAAGUACCUUCAAAACCAAAAGAAAUAACUUUAGAAAGCUAUAACUUAGAAAAUGACCAGAAUGGGGAUAAGUAA